AGAAGGUGCUCGUGAUCGUGAAGAAAGCCUGGACAAGCAAGAACAUUCUGAUGAAGAGGGUGCUCGUGAUCAAGAACUACAAGAAAAAAAACAUCCAUCUGGACCAGUAUUGAAGCAGAACAACUAUGAGAGUUUUACUAUGACGUCAAGAACAAUCGUCCCA